AUGCAGAAACUUCUCUGUACGAUAGAUUUUGUCUUAUGCUUUUCAUAUCUAUCUAUCCAUCUAUCUAUCUAUUUAAUGCUUUUCAUAUCUAUCUAUCUAUCUAUCUAUCUAUCUAAUGCUUUUCAUAUCUAUCUAUCUAUCUAUCUAUCUAUCUAUCUAUCUAUCUAUCUAUCUAUCUAUCUAUUUAAUGCUUUUCAUAUCUAUCUAUCUAUCUAUCUAUCUAUCUAUCUAUCUAUCUAUCUAUUUAAUGCUUUUCAUUAUCUAUCUAUCUAUCUAUUUAAUGCUUUUCAUAUCUAUCUAUCUAUCUAUCUCAUUCUAUCUAUCUAUCUAUCUAUCUAUCUAUCUAUCUAUCUAUCUAUCUAUGUUUGUUCUUAUCUAUCUCCGUUUCUUUCUUUCUUUCUUUCUUUGUAUUUCCGUUUGUUUCUAUCUAUCAAUCUAUAUUUAUUUCCGUUUGUUCCUAUCUAUCUAUCUAUCUAUCUAUCUAUCUAUCUAUCUAUCUAUCUAUCUAUCCUUAAUGUCUCAGUUUAUUCAUAUCUAUCUAUCUAUCUAUCUAUCUAUCUAUCUAUCUAUCUAUCUAUCUAUCUAUCUACCUAUGUUUGUUUUUAUCUAUCUCCGUUUCUUUCUUUCUAUUUCCGUUUGUUUCUAACUAUUUAUUUCUGUUUGUUCCCAUGUAUCUAUUGCAUUUUUUUCCAUUUUUCUAUCUAUCUAUCUAUCUCUAUCUCCUUAAUAUCUCAGUUUAUUCAUAUCUAUCAUCUAUCUCUAUCCUUAUCUAUCUCUAUCUAUCUAUCUCUAUUUAUUCAUAUCUAUCUAUCUAUCUAUCUAUCUAUCUAUCAUCUAUCUAUCUAUCUAUCUAUCUAUCUAUCCUUAAUGUCUCAGUUUAUUCAUAUCUAUCUCUAUCUAUAUCUAUCUAUCUAUCUAUCUAUCUAUCUAUUCUUUCAUAUCUAUCUUAUCUUUAUUGCAUUAUCUUAUCUUUAUUGCAUUUCCUUUUGUAACUUUCGUCGUAAUUUUCUCCACAUCCGCAUUACUUUCUUCUUUUCCGUUUACGUUUCCGCCAUUUUUCUUUCCAUAGCUUCUUCCCUCUUUUUUUCUCUUGGAAAGCGGAACGAAGAUUCUUGA